AUGGGCAAAUUGACGACACCCGAAGAGCGCGCAGCAGAAUUGCGCGCUCGACUUUCUGGUCAGGUUCCAAACCGAACCUCCAGAAAGGGCAAUCGAGUAGCCUCCAACCUCCCAAACCCAAUGCUUGCUGCAGCGCUCCAUGCUGCAUCUCGUGACGCAAAUGGGGCUGAGCUUUCUCCCGUGGAAGCUCGCUUGGUCCAGAUGCUUAAGACAUUUGCAACUGACCAGGAAGUUGCUGGGUACGGAAAAAUGUACACCGAGACCAAAGACCAAGCUGGUAAAGGUACUUUGAGUGGUACUAUUUUCUCGGGCGUUGCUCUCAAUAUGAAUGCGGAUACACCAUAUACUGAUAGAGAUAUGGUUGCCGAUGCGAGAGCAAUGACGGCGGACUUGCUCGCAAUGCCUGAAAAUAAGAUUAUAGACAUCACAACGAUUGAUACGGAAUGCUCUGAUAGCGCCGACUACAUGGAAGCGCUUACUGGAGCAGGAAGUGGAAUUACUGUGCUCAGUGCACCAAAGACCGAAGAAAACAGUCUCAAGUCGAACCCUGUCACAAAUGUUUCCAGCGCAUUUACAUUGAAUUUCGCAAGGUUUAAAUGUCACCGUAAACAAAGCGAUUCUUUCACCGGCCCCAAAAAUGAGAUCUAUUGGGCCGUUGCAUGUGGCUCCGAUAAACGGAGCAAGAAAAGUUUCAAGACAAGCGAAUAUGGGAGCAUCAACAGUGGAGAUACACGCAAUAUGGACGUUGAAUACUUUUACGGCGAGGUGGAGGAGUUUUUGGCAGGACAUAUCGAGUGCUGGGAAGCGGAUGAUAGUGGUAACAGCUUCUACAACAGAAUGGUGCAGACUUUGAAAGAUAUCUCCGACUUUUCUAUUGAGGCAGCUGUCAAUGCAAAUUCUGCUGACGAUUGGGGAGAUGAGUAUGGAUCGACAGGAAAGGCCGCAGCCAUUCUUGCGCUAGUUGGAAUCUGUGGGAGACUUGUUGCAGCUCUCCUUGAAUGGUUGACAAAUGACGACGACUUGGUCUUCCGACGUGAAAUCGCCUUCACAAGAUCAGCAUUAGCAGUUUGGGGUUCACGGCCCAAUCGCGAAUUAUCAUUCAUGUUUGAUGGGGGAAGCCAAGGGAAGCAUGAAUUGUGGAUCAAGUGUUUUGUACCCAUGGAUGGGCGCAAGCCAGUACCUAUCGAUGGAUAA